AUGCAAAGACACUAUUCGGGUAACGAUAGCGACCACAAAGAGGACAAUAAGACGACCGACAGUGAGAUAAUACUGAGUGGAUAUCAUUCAGAGCCUCAGCGGCUAAUGUCUCAUAAGAUGCACAAAACACCCGAAAACACGCGACAAAGAAGUGGGUCAACGGAUCAGUUGGAGUCACUGGAGAUCAGCAAAAAAGUGACCAUAAUUUUAGGAGAUUUAUUGGUCGACUACGACAGAAAUCAGAGACCAGGACAUGGAGGACCCGAAGCUGUGAUCACAACAAACUUAGAAAUCAGAAGUAUUGGUCCCAUCUCUGAGCUCGAUAUGGAAUUUUCAUUAGACUGUUAUUUCCGUCAGAAAUGGUUAGACAAAAGGCUGGAAUUUUCCGGUCCUUCAAAGUUCUUAAGCCUUAAUAUAAAUAUUGAGAAGAAAAAGGCAUUUUUAUUCACUCAACAAAAGCAUUAAUAUUUAGGCUAAACAUCAGAAUAAUAAUAAAAUGUUUCCCCAAAUUGUUGGUCAAUACUAUUGACAAACAA